CACACACACACACACACACACACACACACACACACACACACACACACACACACACACACACACACACACACACACACACACACACACACACACACACACCAAACAGGAAGGACAGAUUGUGCCAGAGUUGGCUGUGAACUCUCAGGGUUGUGGAUGAAAGAGCAAUUUUAUUGCAGAGGCCUCAAAGACACAAUAUAAAACAUUUACACUCUAAAGCUCUUCUGUUUUCUUUGUGUGGAUUCAAGUCCAAAUCCAACUCCAAGAGUUUGAACAAUGAGUUUGGCACCUUUUAAUGCCUGACAUCAGCAAGCCUGCAACUGUGGAAGAUGUUGAGUUCCAGGAAAAACAGUCUUCCCUCCCCCAGCUUGGAGGACUCCUUCUUCCCCCUGUCCCCAUCCUCUGCUGUUGCUUUCUCCUUCACCCUCCCCUCAUCCUCCCCUCUCUCUGACCGGGUUGACGGUGGAGGAGGGAUAGAGACAGACCUGAUACUUGCCGCUGAGCUCGGCCGAGCUUUACUGGAGAAGAACGAGGAGCUGACAGCCUCUUUGCAGCAGAAGGAGAGGGAGCUGGAGACUGUGCAGCAGGAAAAACAUGCUCUGCAGAGGAAGCUGGAGGUGACUGAGUUGACAUUUGGGCAGCGAGAGGCAGAGCUGACCGCAGAUGUCACUGCCUUAAAGGCUGAGCUGGAGCGAAAUCACAGUCAGGGGCGCGACCGGCAAAGGGAUGAAAGCGAACAGCUCACUCAGUUAGCCAAUCACAAUCACCGCUUAGUGGAACAGCUCGCCGAGGCUGUCACACUGGAACAUUCUUUGAGGACUGAGCUUCGAUGCCUCAGAGAAGAGAUGGAAGAGUCAUCUUUCAGUCGAAACAUCAGCUGCACACAGUUAGAGAACAUACAAGCAGAGAACAAAGUUUUGCUUGAGCGCCUAUCGCACAUCGAGCAACAACUGAAAACUUCAGAGGAGGACAACAACAGACUUCGCUUGGAGAGAGAGGGGUUGAAAGACAGACUGUUUGAACUACAGUCCAGCCUGAAGGAGAAAGAAGCAGAGAUUGAGCAGACGCAGGGAGUGGUGUUUGAGUUGCGCACCUUGAAUAACUCUCUGCAGCAAAAAGCUUUGAACCUGGGAGAAGAGAUCGUCUGGAACAGUGCAAAUGUACAACCUCUGUCUCUGCUUAGCGAAAUUCAGCGUUCAGAGGCUAAAGAGGCUCACUCUGAAGUCCUACAAGCAAAAGAUGAAGAGAUACAAGUACUCAAAUACAAGUUGCAAAAUCAGAGGGAUGAGCUGGAGACUUUGAGAGAAGAAAUCAAACCAUUCCGUGAAAGCCCCGGAAAGCCAAGUUACAGCUGUCUCGAGAGCGCGUGGAACACAAUGCGUCAGGAGAAAGACACACUAAAUCAGCAGCUUAUGAACACCAUCAAACACAAGGUGAUGCUGUCCCAGGAGGUGGACGCCUGGCAGGAGGACAUGCGGUUCGUCAUUAAUCAGCAGGUGCUGCAAAGGGAAGAAGAAAGACAAAGAGAAAUGCAGCAAGAGAAAAACAAAACCACAGGAGUCCAAAGAAGCAAGUCUAUGAAAGUGACGGGAGAAGGAGGGAAAAGAUUCUUCUCUUCUUUGUUUAGAGACAAGCAGUAAAAAGAACACUGUGAUCUCAUUGAGGAAGACAUGUUAUUA